UCAAAAAUUUUAUACAUUUUCUUUUGAGACAAAAAGUUUUAUUUCCGAUCCUUAGAAAAUAUAUCUUUCUUCAACGCUUUUGCCAUGCCACCACCAGCAGAAGGCAUUACGAAGGUGGUUGUUCAUCCACUGGUUUUACUAAGUGUUGUGGACCAUUUCAAUCGCGUUAGUACAGCGGGAAGUCAACGUAGAGUUGUCGGUGUCCUUCUCGGGGCGAAUAGAAAAGGAAUACUGGAUGUGUCUAAUAGUUUUGCAGUUCCCUUUGACGAAGAUGAACGUGAUUUGGAUGUUUGGUAUUUGGAUCAUGAUUACUUGGAGAAUAUGUACACAAUGUUUAAGAAAGUGAACGCACGUGAAAAAAUUGUUGGAUGGUAUCACACAGGACCAAAGCUACAUCAAAAUGAUACAAAAAUCAAUGAACUUGUCCAAAGAUAUUGUAGCAAUUCGGUAUUAGUUAUAAUUGACGCUAAACCAAAAGAUCUUGGAUUACCGACCGAAGCUUACAUUGCUGUUGAGGAGGUGCAUGAUGAUGGCACUCCAACAAGCAAAACAUUUGAACAUGUUCCUAGCGAAAUAGGUGCUGAAGAAGCUGAAGAAGUUGGCGUAGAACACUUGUUACGUGAUAUAAGAAACCUAACAGCAGGCACCCUGUCACAACGUAUUACGAGCCAACUCACCUCAUUAAAAGGACUUAAUAAGCAUCUUCAAGAUAUCCGAAAUUACUUGGAAAAGGUAGUGAUGGGUACACUGCCUGUGAAUCACACCAUAAUCUACCAACUACAAGAUGUUUUAUUGCCUGACCUGAAUGUGGCUGAGCUUGUGAAAGCAACGUCGGUGAAAACCAACGAUCAGAUGUUGGUCAUAUAUACGGCUUCAAUUGUUCGUGUGAUAAUUGCGUUACAUAAUCUUAUAAAUAACAAAGUUGCUAAUCGAGAUGCAGAGAGAGAAGAGAGUGGAAAGAAAGAGGAUAAAACUAAGGACAAAGAUAAAGAUAAAGACACUAAGGAAGAAAAAAAGGAUAAACCUGGCAAUAAGAAAGAAGACACAAGUAAAAAAGAGGAAACAAAAUAAAAGAAAGUUUAGGACUAUUGUAUGUGGCAUUGAAUAUGUUAAAUGUUUUGUAAUUGUAAUAUAAGUGAUGUGUUUAUCUCCCAAUACAAAAUCCUAUCAACAGCAAAAUGGUCAAAAGCAACAGCUAUCCUUUAUUGAUAGAAAAUAAAUAUAAAGAAUACUAUGUGAAUUAGACAAUGUCAGUCAGACUCAUCAUCUGAGUCUUUGACUAGUACGACUGACGUACUCUUAGACUUUUCUUUGGAAGUUGUCUUGCUUGUUAUUGCACUGAAAAACAUGGAUUUAAACUUCUUGUUUGGUGGUGUGCCAGGUACGCUUUCCUGGGAUGCGUUAACCAAAUCAU